UAUGACAUCCUGCUUUUCCCAAGCCCUUGUCACUUCUACGUUUAUGACAUUAGUAAUGAUGGUAUUAUAACUAUGGAAGAAAUUACCAACUUUUUUGGAAUAUCCGGCGCCAAAAUUUUCAGAGAUCUGGAUAAAAAUAAAGGGUUUCCUUGGUGACGUCAUAUUUUGAAGAGGCAUUAAAAGAUAAGCCACACUUGUUUAAAGAAGACUCGGUCAAAAGCGGCAUGGAUAAAACUUAUCCCAGAAACUGUACAUCAAAAGAACACUUGAACAGUUCAAUGCAUGUCAAACACAAUAAUAUUGAAGCGACUUACACAGGACUGGCCAUUGGUAUUCUAGAUUUGCUAGUAAACGGAGCAGUGUUUGUUAUUUUAAUGAAAGACAAGAAUGUACGAAAAAAUCCGUAUCUCUUUUUAGUUCUCAUGUUGUGUGUGAGCGAUUUUACGGUCGGGCUCGGAAUCAUAUGUGCCCUUCCAAGUUUUAUCCAACCUCCCUUAAUCAGGAGCACGCUAUUUACUGUCCUACAAAUUGUUAUGAUGCUUAAUGGCCUGUGUUUAUCACUCUUGCAGACAUUUUUAAUAAGUUUACAGAGAUACCUGGUUCUGUGUAAAGAAAGAUGGAACUUGUUUAUUUUUCAACACAACCGGAAGUAUUACGUAUGUAUCGGCAGUUCAUUUGCCGUGACGUUGAUGAACUUUGUUCUCAUUUCGCCUCCUCAAAGGGAACUGGAUGUAUUGAAUGACAGUGCUUUGUCAUUUGUCUAUCACGGGCAUUACUUAGCACACUCGAUUUACAUAAAAUUUCUUUCUUUGUCUCUGUUAUCACUGACACUAAUCUUGUACUCAGUAACAGUUCGCCAUGUUCUAAAAACUUACAACAAAGUUAACCCUAUUGGAAAUAACAUGUCCAUAAAUGUUAGGACAAUCCAAGUGCAAAUGAAACCUUUGCACACUAUUCCCCGUACUACAAGCGAUAGAAAUACAAACUGUCACAAAAACGUGCAGUCUAGGAGUCGGCGCCAUUUGCUCUCACUGAGACAAAGAAAAGUUGUCAGUUCUUUGAAAUUAGUUGGAGUAUUGAUAAUACUUCUGCUUAUUUGUACAGGGCCUUUUAUUUUUGUAGUAUGGAAUGACAGCGCGUCCUCAAAUGUCAAUCGUGUGUUAAUUUCAUUAUGUAUUCUGAAUUCUCUUAUAAAUCCAUUUAUAUACUUAUGGAAACUGUAUGAUAUCAAAGGAAUUAUUAAAUCAAGAAUAUGUUUUGUUAGACGAUAACAAAUAAAAUGUUUCACAAAGAUAUGUCAUACACAUGUACAUGUACAGACAGUCCCACCCCCCUUAAGGAAGAUAGCAAUGAAUGAUACGUGACUUUCUAUUACCCUUUCAUUGACGAUUCGUGUUUAAAUCAUUUGCUUUGUCCGUCUGUCU